AUGGAGCAGCUCGCCCAGUUCGUCUCCAAGAGCUUUGACAACGCGGCCGGCGAACACGCGGCAUGCAGGUCCACCACUGAUCGACCCCCGUCCGCGAGGAUCACCCUUAGUGUAGCUCACUUGCUCGGCGAUCCUGCGGAGAACGAUGCUAAUGUCGGCGCGGCGAUACGCGAAUCCACUCAGGAUCCGUCGAGCGUCGAUGCGAGCAGCGUGGACGAGCCGCCGUCGCCGGAAGGCCGCUUGCAACCGGAAGAUCUCUCCGUCACGACCAAGAGUAAAGAGGCGAAAGACGUGGUUAACACCGCGGACAGUCUUCCACCUUUGAAGACACCGGAAUUGAAGCUCUCCGUGAGGAAACUGUUGGGAUGCAGUCCGUCGCCGCCACCGAUUUCGAGAGAUCAAUCUGCCAGUCCGGAGAACUGCGUCGAGUCGAAGAAUCAGGUUUCCAACGAUGCGAAAGCGACGGAUCUGAAGCUCCAAUCUCAGGUUUCCAGGUCUUUGAUGCAGGGACAGGAAGAAGGUACCAAAGGAUCGAAUUGCCGUAAUAACGGAAACGGAAAUGGAAAGCAGAGAAGAUCUCGAACGAACUUCACUUUGGAACAAUUGGCUGAAUUGGAAAGGUUGUUCGACGAGACUCAUUAUCCAGAUGCGUUCAUGAGAGAAGAACUCAGUCAGAGACUUGGUUUAAGCGAGGCGAGAGUUCAAGUUUGGUUCCAGAAUCGACGUGCCAAGUGUCGCAAACAUGAGAGUCAAUUGCACAAAGGUGUAGCAGGUGGAAUGGUACUGGCGCCUCGCAGUCCACCAGCGACCUUGGAACCCUGUCGAGUGGCGCCGUACCUGCCAGCCUUGAGGCUGCACCCCCCGAUGCAGGGUGCCAGUGGCAAUAUGACCACCGCGGCAGGUUCUGCCUUCGACCCGACAGUCCUCCAUUACGCGGCAGCCGGCGGUCUCUUCUGCCUUCCACCUCCACCGCCUCCACCGCCAACAUCCAGUCAUCCGCACCCGCAUCCCCUGAGCCUGGCGGCUUCCUUGGCCGCAGCCGCGGCACGUUCCAAGAACAGCAGCAUCGCUGAUCUUAGGUUGAAGGCCAGACGACAUCAGGAAGCAUUGGGACUGGACAGGCCCGCGUAA